AAGCUAACAAACUCAGUCGGUUACUCCGUAGGCUGCGACUUGGGGGAUCUAGGCUCCUAGCGGCAUUCCAGAGUUCAGGGACCAAAAUCCAGGAGUAUAUAGAAGCCACAACCCUCUCUCCUCGUCCACUUCUCGCCUCCAGGGGACUCACUCAAUCACUCACUGUCCGUCGCUCUUUAAUCCACCCCCACCGGUCACCACUCCUUUACUAUACUUUCCAACGUCCAGUCAUUCAUUCUCAAUACACCACAAUGAAGUCGAUCACUCUCCCCAUCCUCCUCACCCUCACCAGCCUCGCUGCCGCCCGCACCGAUCUCGAUGGCUGCACCAAAUCUGCCACCGUCAACCAAUGGGGCGAAGCCAGCAUGAUCUGGUACGUGCCCGACACCGGCGAGAUCUGCGAUUUCCCAGACUGUGGCGGCGGUCGCGCUCCCCCCAAGCUCAACCAGCCCGGGUGCGCCGCCUACACCGGCACCGAGACCCUGACCCCCAGCUACCUCCCCGGCUGGGGUCCCAACGGCAAGGUUGCGCCGUCCACGUCGGCUGUCUCGGCCACGGCCACGGCCACUGAUUCCGAGACCUCGGCCACCUCUACCGGGGCGGCCACUACUUCCAAUACUAAGACCGGUAGUACUCUGAUUACUGCGGCACCUACCCUGUCCACUCAGGUUUCGUCUUCUGCUGCUGGUUCUUCUUCUCGCGCGGGUGGUUCGUCUCGCCCCGCCUCUUCUGCCGCGGGUUCAUCUUCUCGUGCAGGUGGUUCGUCGAGCUCUGCCUCUUCUGGUGCGGGUGGCUCUUCGAGCACGGCGUCGUCGGUUGCUGUUAAGCCGACGGGUAAUGCGGCGAGUAUGCCGGGUUUGAAUGCGGGUGUUCUGGCUGUUGCGGGUGUUUUGGCGGGUAUCGUUGCCUUGUAGGGUUGGGGUUACGGUUAGCUCCCAGCCCAUGAUGGUCGAAGAUUUAAUUAUACUAUCAGUUUGGAGAUAUUUAUUCACAUGUAUUAAGUAUAAUAGGAAUAAGUAUAAGCGUCACCAUUUUGAACUCAUGUACUCGGCUUUUCAAGUCUUGGUAUAGAUAUGACUCGGGUGAUCGACUGUUGAUCUUCAUGAUCGGCAUUAUCCACAGAGGAUCAACAGUCUGCCUGCCUAGAUAAUCGGUAUACCGACUCUACUGCGCAGUAUGUUCAUAGAUCCAAUUACCAAGACUUCCUACAUACAAAAGUACUACCAUUGAAAUACAUGGUUCGCCCUCACCAAAAAUCUACUCAGUAGGACCAAGAAUAUUCCUCUCAUAAACAGUUGUCGUCUUUCCAGUAUU